CCUGGAUACCAUAGUCUUGCUACUACAAGCUGGGAUCACCAUUCUGAUGCAGACACCCAAUGAAAACCAGCUCUGGUGUCCUGGCCAGUCCCUAUGGAGCCUGAUCGUUGAACAUGUUCAUGAGUCAGAGCUGGAUAAGAUCCACACAGCACUGGGCCUCUCUCUGAUAGAUAUGUAUACCGAGGUGCACACUGAGGCGGAGAUGUGGCACAAGAUGUGGCAGGCAAGCCAUCAAGGAAACAACUGGAGCAGGACAGGGACCCCACGUCAGCAGGCCUGUCCUCUAGCUGACCCACCUGCAGUCAAAGAGCUGGUGAGAGCUGAGGUCAAGAUGUUACUUCAGACUCUCAAAGAGAGAGUCAGCGGGGAGGGAAGAGGUGGUGAGGAGCUCUUGUUUCGGUACAAACCUGAGACUGUGGACUACGCCAUGAGUCACCUUGACAGCUGUUACAGAAACUGUACCAACCCUGGAGAUACUGAUAAUGGAAGCAGACCGAGUUCUCACUGCUCAGUCCAGUCCAAUGCUGAGGAUGAGAUUGAGGCAAUGAGAGACAAGGUGAAUGUCACUGAUAUUGACCAAGUGGUGGAGCGCCUCAGGUGUGUCCUAACAGAGGAAUGUGUAGCGCUGAAGAGGCUGGUGAAGCAUUUUAAGGAAAAUAUUAAACAAAAGUGUCAGAGUCGAUGUGAAUCUAAGUCAGAACCUUCACUUGCAGAGUUGAGAGAGCUAAGAGGAGCCAUACAAAUGGACUUGGAGCGCUACCCCUCUUCGCUUCCUGCUUCAGUGUCAGUUUCCUCCUCUCUGCAUUUGAAGGAAUUGAAAAACAGGUUCAGACUGUCGGCAGGACAAAAGGUUUCUGAUGAAACUCUGCGAGCUUUGAGCACUACAUCAGCCCUAAGACCACAUCCACCUCCUCCUCUGUGCCACACUAAACCCAGGCCACCGCUCAGCGCUCCUCCCAGCAAAACCUCUACAUCAGUUAAACUCAUUAAUAGUUCCUCACUAUUAAGGACUCAUGGACAGCAUAGAAGCAUAUCGGCCUCCACUGGGCCUAGGAAAAUACAAACGCCUGUGGGCAACAGGAUCACCACUCCUGGGCAUGCUUCACUUCCAGGGCCUGGCAGUGACCAGAUGAUGGUGAAAAGCAUACGCGACCCCAGUCUUUGUCCAGAGCAAGACAGUGCCGAUAUCCACUGCAGGACCACGACUUGUAGUCCUAGUCCAAGAAACGUACCCAUUCACGAAAUCCACCUGUCGUCCAUUCGCAGUAUUCACAGCCCGGGCAGGAAGUUUGAUUUGUCACCACAGACAGAAAGAAAAAGCAGCCCUGCCUGGAGAUCAAGAAACACCAAUACCAUCCCCUCAUCCCGUCACUGUGAUGCAGGCAGUUACAGCAGCAAUAGCACUGACCAUUCUGUGUCAACAACAGUACAAUCAAAGACACAAAAUGGGCGACAGAAUAGUACCUGUGAAAGUAGUUUACUGUCAACAACAGUGCAGACAGAUAUUGACAAGAGGAAAAGUACUUCUGAGAGUUUUCAUGCCUGUGUUGGCAGUAGGAAGAGCAACAGUGGAAUUGAUGGAGAUGAACAGCAAAGCCUUGUAGCUGCAUGCACCCAUCCAGCAUCUAUACGGAUAAAUGGACAAUUCUUCACUUCCCACAAAAGACCACUUGAGGGCACUAGUAGUCGGCCGAAAGAUGUCCAAGAGACACAGACAGAGCUGGAGUUCAUCAAGUUUUACCAGCCAGUUCCUCCUGCAAGGGUGUCAACUUGAGAUAUGUCACUGACCAGACAUCUGUGGCCAAAACAGGAAGAAAAUUCAAGGGAAGUUUGGUGCUGUCUUUUAUGAGACUGCAAACUAUUAAACAUACUGUAUCUGCUGGACAUUUAUUUCUUCCCACAUAGUUAAAAGACACCAAA